AUGGCUACUGAAUUAGAUGACAAACAGCUUACAGCUGAUGAAAUCGCAUUAUAUGAUAGACAAAUUAGACUAUGGGGAAUGGCAACGCAAUUAAGAUUGAGAUCGGCUAAGAUAUUAGUCAUUAACUUAGGUGCUGUUGGAGGUGAAGUAGUCAAGAACUUGGUGCUAGGGGGAAUUAAUACCUUGGAAAUUUUGGACUCGUCGAAAGUAAAAGAAGAGGAUUUUCUGGCUCAGUUUUUCUUGCCCAACAAUCACGAUAUAGUCGGGCAAUUGAAAUUGCCAGCUGUUAUAGAUCAGAUUAAAGACUUGAAUAAUAGAGUGAAUUUGUCUGCUAAUACCAAUAGUUUAUCUUCAAUAUUCAGUGAUUCACAGGAAACCAAUAAUUAUCUUGCGAAAUUUGAUCUUAUAAUAGGAACAGAACUUACCAAAUCUGAAAUGCUUACGCUUAACGAAUAUACUAGAAACUUAAAUAUCCCAUUAUAUGUUUGUGGAUUACAUGGUAUGUUUGGUUACAUAGUUUCCGAUCUAAUUCAUCAUACUGCAACUUCUGAGAAAGACGCUGGUAAUCAACCACGGGAACCAAAUACCAAAAUUAAUCGUUGCAAGACAAUUACAAAUGUCGAAUAUAAUAAAGAAGAAAAUAAGGAAAUAGUUACCAUUGUUGAUGAGUUUAUUCCAAUACUAGAGAUCUUUAAAUCAAAAGAAUUGCCAAAGCAAUUAAAUAAAAGACAGAUGAAAAGGUUAUCCGCAGCAUUUCCUCUUAUAUUUUCUUUGUUUGAUAUACCUCGUUUAGAAAAUCCAGAAAAUACUGUAGAUAUUGAAGAGCUUCGUGAAAGGCUGAAAGAAGUCUGUGCACAUUUUGAAAUUCCAGAAACCGUUAUAAAUGAUGAGUAUUUGAGGCUAUUUAGUAAUCAAGCAUAUACGGAAUUCGCUCCAGUUUCCGCAAUCUUAGGAGGGUGCUUAGCUCAGGACGUUAUACAAUUUUUAAGUAAGAAAGAGAGUCCUAUAAACAAUUGCUUGAUUCUUGACGCUGUUAAAUCGGAAAUGCCGAUAUAUCUAUUGUAG